AUGUCCGAUAUCGAUGAAGACUUGCUGGCUUUGGCUGGUGCAAGCAGUGGAGAGGAGGAAGAAGAGGAAGUUACGUUGGGAACCUCGAAAAAGCGCUCCAAGCCUGAUUAUAGUAGUGGAAGUAAGAGACGAAUCAUUGACGAAGAUGAAGAAGCAGGGGAGUCAGAUCAGCAAGACAAUUACACCCCUGAUGAUGGAUACGAUCUAGGCGGUGCAGCAGAAGAAGAGGAAGAAGAGGAGGUCAAUCCGUUCCCACUUGAGGGCAAGUACAAGGACGAGCAGGACAGAGUCAAGUUAGAAGCGCUACCGGAAAUGGAGCGUGAAUCCCUACUCUUUGACAGAUCCCAAACCAUGCAGAAGUAUCAAGAACGACGUGUGUUGAAGGAGCGUGCGCGAAGCAUCCGUGAGCAGCAGCAAAAACGCCAGCUUGAACAGCAAGCCACCAAGUCGCGAUCCUCUGCGCGGUCAACGCGCACAACAGGUCACAGUGAUGCAAAGGAAUCCGGACUCAAUGAGCUCAAGAAGCAACGCGCAAAGAAAAGCGGCACUUACGAUUACAGCGAUGAAGAUGUUGACGAGGAAGACGACGAAGAGGAUGAAGACGACUACGGGUAUCGUGAUGAGGACGAGGGAGCUGAAAGUGAAGAUGACUAUGAUCCAAUUAACAAGAGAAACCGUACAAACGAUGAAGAAGAAGAAGAUGUCAAAUGGGCAGAUGAUGAGGACCUGGAUCGUGAUCCAGAACUUGCAGACUUCAAUAAGGUGAAAAUCGGACGUUCGUUUGCGGCUAAGUUUUGUUUCUACCCAGAUUUCAACGACGCUGUGAAGGGAUGCUACGGAAGAGUAAACAUUGGCGUAGACAAGCGCAGCGGACAAACAAUGUAUCGUAUGGUGAAAAUCGAGAGAGUAUUCCAACAAAAACCAUACAACAUGGGCAAAUUUUUUACCAAUCAAUACCUAGGGGUUACGCAAGGAAGAGAUCGUAAGGUUUUUCAAAUGAGUUUUUUCAGUGACGGGCCCAUUACCCAACCAGAAUUCGAGCGUUACGUCAAAUCUUUGGAGAAGCAAGACAUCAACAAACCGUCCAUCUACACACUAAACAACAAGUCAAACGAAAUUCACUCUUUUGUUUCACAGCCGUUGACCCCUAAGCUCACCGAUGAACUUGUGCGUAAUCGUAUGCUUUUCAACAAGAAACUUACGGGUACCAAUGCUGUGUUAGAGAAGACAGUGCUAAGGGACAAAUUGCAGCAUGCAAAAGAGACAGGUAUUGAAAGAGAUGUGGCGAAAUAUACAUCCCAAUUAAAGAACCUCGAAAAACGUUUGUCGUCGUACGAGAAGCACCACGAGAAUGACCAGGCUGGAAUGAAGAAGUUGGGCGCCCUUACCUCCAAAAACAGAAGAGCUAAUCUGGAUAAGGGAAAUACUGCAGAGGUUGUCAAAAAAGAAGACACACCAUUUGAUGCAAAGAUUGACCCAUUUAGCAGGUUGAAGACUAGGACUAAAAUCUACUACCAGGAGAUGCAAAGAGAGGAAAAUGAGAAGGCAAAAGAACUUGCUCGGCAAGACCAGCAGGAAAAGAGUGCAGCCGAAGUCGCAGAGAAGGAGCGCAUGCUACUUUCAGCCAGGUUCAAAAAUCUAGGUGGGCUAGAGGAAAUCAUCAGCGGUAUUGAUUUCCAGCUCAACUUGGACUUUUGA